AUCACUAUUGGUGCUCUUAAGCCGUUUCAUCCAUUGUUCUAAGGAAACAAAUACUUGUCUGCAAAUUGCCAACAUGCCAAGAGGGUUCUUGGUGAAGAGGCACAGGAAAGGGUGUGGGUCCUACAGGAUUCCUUGUGAUCAGACUGGACCUGUUCAUCCAGUGUCCUACUCUUCAGUUAUAGAUGUCCUGACACCAUAUACAUCCACUUUGGCUGUGACAGGGACUAUUGAAAGAGACAAAACACAGCAGGAACCAAAUAUGUCUGAUGGAGCUUCUCAGUCAACUUCUAAUAUAUCUCCCAUCAAGGUUCCACCUAGAAUGGAACAGACUGGACCUCCCUGGAAACCACUACCCUACAGCCCAGUGAAACCUGUGGAUCUGGAGAUGAAGAAAACUUUCUUCAAGAGAUAUGUGAACUCUCCAGCUUCUGCAGACUCCUUCCCUGCUCCAGAUACAUUUGCUUCCAUGGAGAAGCUUUUUGUCCACCCCUUCCUGACGCCUGAUACAAAGUUGCAGACUAAUCUGAGUCCCAAGGAGAGUCCAAGGUCCAACAAGCUCCAGUCCAAGAAAAUCAAAGUCAGCAGAAAGCUACACUUUGCCGAUGAAGUCACCACUUCUCCAGUGCUGGGACUGAAGAUCAAGGCUGAGGAACCAGAUGGCAGAUCCAGGGGCAACCAGGUCAAGCGCCCCCCUCUGGGGGAGUUUAUCUGCCAACUCUGCAAGGAGAGAUACCCUGACCCCUUUGCCUUAGCCCAGCACAAGUGCUCCAGAAUUGUUCGUGUUGAAUAUAGAUGCCCUGAGUGUGAUAAGAUAUUCAGCUGCCCAGCCAACCUGGCUUCCCACAGGAGAUGGCACAAGCCCAGGUCCAUGGCACCAGAUGGACCAGCAGGUAAAAAGCUGCAAGCCCCAAUAGAGGGCAAAGAAAACAGUAGCCUGGUAGAGCCCCAGGCUCAGAGAUCAGGCAUUCAGCACCAGCAAGCAAUGGACAGCUCCCAGCCACAUCAAGCAGACCAUCAGCACCUGAGCACUGAGAACAGCUCCUACCAAACCAGAGAGGACAAUCAGACUCCCAUGACUCACAGCACCCCUGAAGAUGCAGAGGAAGAGGUAUUUGACUGCCCCUAUUGCCACAAGAGAUUUCGCAGGCAUGCUUAUCUUCGCAAACACCUGCUUUCUCAUCAGCCAUUCAACCCACUGGAGAGGGGGCAACACACGUACCCUUGCACCCUCUGUGGGGUUCAUUUCCCCUCCAUUGACAUUAGGGAUAAGCACAGACUGUGGCAUGCAGUUAGAGAAGAACUCCUGAUCCCCCUAGAAGAGGCAAUGCUGGCAGAAGGGGGGCAGCAAAUCUUCCCCUGUGAACUGUGCCCCACUGCUUUCUUCAGUGCCCCAGGACUUACCUUACACAUGAGCAAGUGUCACUCACCUCAAAGCAGACAGGAUAUACCACAAAUCCCCAUUGUACCUGGCUGUUAGAAUUGCAUUCUCUUGCAUUGUGUGUGUACUUAUUGUAUAUGAUUUGUGCAAACAAGUAUGUUGCAUAAGUGGCAAUGUAAUAACUAUUUAAACAUUUUUUUUUGUGCAAAAUCCUUUCCUCUUCAUUAGCCUAAC